AUGUCAAAACUCAUUGUCAUCGUAGCUUUGAUGAUCGCCAGCGCCGCUGUAGCAAGUACAGAUGAAGGUCUUAAAAAUAACAAUGGACAGCGAGAAAAAGAGAAAAAGGAAGCUGAGAAUGAGAGCUUGCCUUUGAAAGUUUCUGAAGGAAUUGAUUUCCACUUAAGUAGAAUAUUACAGAGUGAACAAAAGGAUAGCCACAAAGAAGGAAGUUCAAAUUAUAUCUUCCAAGCAGCUGAUUUGGGAAGUGCCAAGGCAGUGCAGCGAAUAGCCUAUGCAUUACUGUUUGGUGACCACUUUCCACAGAAUAUAGGAACAGCUAAGACGCUCUUUGAAUCCCUGGCCAAGGAAGGAUUUCCAAGAUCUCAAACUGCACUAGGAUUUAUGCAUGCAGCAGGUAUUGGUUUCCAUCAGAACCAAGCCCGAGCUCUUGUAUACUACACAUUUGCUGGACUUGGUGGAGACCUGAGGGCAAAAAUGAUCCUGGGCUACAGAUACUGGUCAGGGAUCAACAUGCCUAAGAAUUGUGAAGCUGCUGUUAUUCAAUACAGAAAAGUAGCACAUCAUGUUGCAAAAAAGCUGUCAAGCGUUCAGCAUGGAGAGGUAGACUUAGUUCGGAUCUUGGAGACGCCUGAGAACUACAGUACAAAAACUGGAAUUAUGGACCUGGAUUUAUAUCAGUACUACAAGUUCCUAGCAGAAAGGGGAGAUAUACAGACACAACUCACUCUUGGCAAUCUACAUCUAUAUGGAGGAAAAGGCCUUGAACGAGAUUCUCAUAAAGCUGUUUACUAUUUCUCUAAAGCUCUCAAUGCUGGGAGUACAAAUGCUAUUGCGUUUUUAGGAAAGAUGUACUUCGAAGGGACUGAAGCGACACCUCAAGACAAUGAAACUGCUUUUCACUACUUUAAAUUGGCAGCUGACAGAGGUAAUCCAAUUGGCUUGACUGGCUUGGGAGUUAUGUACCUUUAUGGAAAAGGAAUACCUGUUAAUUACACAAUGGCUUUGAGAUACAUGAAGAAAGCGGCUGAGAAAGACUGGAUGGAUGGCAUUUUUCACCUAGGGGUGAUAUAUUUGUUUGGCUUUGGCGUACCAAGAGACUUGAAGGUUGCAUCACGCUAUUUUGCUUUUGCAUCCAAGCAUGGGCAUCACCUGUCACAUUAUUACCUGGCUGAGAUGUAUGCCACUGGAAAGGGCGCUCAGAGAUCUUGUGACAUUGCAGUUAAGCUAUAUAUGGAAGUUUGCAAAUUUGGUAGUUGGUCGGAAAUGUUUUUGUCAGCCUAUUUUGCUUACAAAGAAGGUGAUAUGGAUUCUGCCCUUGUUCAGUACCUGUUACUGGGAGAGAUGGGCUUCGAAGAAGCCCAGAGCAAUGCAGCAUACCUUUUAGAAUCAAAUGUGUCUCAAAUUUUCCGUGCUGCAGAGAUGUACCCACUGGCUUUUCUUCAAUGGCGAAGAGCUGCAGCUCAAGGCUAUGCACUUGCUAGAAUUAAAAUUGGAGACUAUCAUUACUAUGGCUAUGGAACAGACGUGGAUUAUGAAGCAGCUGUCAUUCAUUACCGUCUUGCAGCUGAACAGCAAGGCAGUGCUCAAGCAAUGUUUAAUCUCGGAUAUAUGUAUGAACAGGGAAAAGGACUCAAAAAGGAUAUACAUCUUGCUUUAAGGAUGUAUGAUAUGGCUGUAGCAACAAGUUCAGAUGCACAUUUUCCUGUUUUACUGGCCACUUGUAAACUAAGUAUUGUUAAACUCUUCAGGGAUUAUCAGAAUUCCAGGGAGGAGGAACUACUGCCGGCCCCGAAGAGGAAGAAGGGGAGGAGUGGUCGUCCCCGUAAGAAGGGGAAGAAGCCGGCGCAAGCUCCAGCACCCAUUAGGGGAGAGCCAGAGCACUCAGCACCCAUGAGGGAGCAGCCCGAGCAUCCAGCACCGCAAGGGGGAGACUACCCACUGCUCCCGUCUCUACCGCUAGAGGAGCUGGAGCUACCUCCACCACCAGAGGGAGCAGAGCUGCAGCUACUUAAGCCUGCAUCGCCUAGGACUGCCGAGCCUGCAAUGCCCGGGGAGGCCUGCUCACCAUCGCCCGGGGAGGCCUGCUCGCCAUCGCCCGGGGAGGCCUGCUCGCCAUCACCCGGGGGCUUUGUUGUAUCCAGCAGAAGCAUUUGCACUUCCGGAAAUUCUGGGUCCAGAGCCCAAGAGAAGGGAGCCGCAACAGGGAAGGGGGAAGAGGUGAGACCACCUCCACCCGCAAUAGAUGCACUGCUUGAGUAUGCAGCACCGCUGUCACUGCCAGAGUGA